CGCUCCGCCCCAGGCAGGCCAGGCCCCGCCCCUCGUGUCCUGCGCUAUUCGGCAGUGUCAAUAAAGUUGCAGCGGUUUGUAGUUUGUAGCGGACAACAUGGCGGCCUUCAUGCUGUGCUCCCUGCUGCGGACGUUCAAGCAGAUGGUUCCUUCAUCAGCUUCAGGCCAAGUUCGAAGUCACUAUGUAGACUGGAGAAUGUGGCGCGAUGUGAAGAAACGAAAAAUGGCCUAUGAAUACGCAGAUGAGAGGCUACGUAUUAAUUCACUCAGGAAGAAUACCAUUUUGCCAAAAAUUCUUCAGGAUGUGGCUGAUGAAGAAAUUGCUGCCCUCCCCCGGGAUAGCUGUCCUGUUAGAAUCAGAAAUCGGUGUGUUAUGACGUCCCGUCCGCGUGGUGUGAAGCGGCGCUGGAGGCUUAGUCGUAUAGUCUUCCGUCACUUAGCUGACCAUGGGCAACUUUCUGGGAUCCAGCGAGCGAUGUGGUAAAUGAGCUCCAGAACCUAUUGAGCUUGCAGGGAAGCCAGUUCCAGCAAGCAAAGAUUUUUUAAAUAGACCAAACCCUAAUCUCACAGGGGCCCAGUACAGUUGUUUGGCCUACCUGAUGCUAUCUCAAAACUACUUUUAAAAUGAAGAAAUUUGGGUGUUUCAUGUCAGUGAAUUAUCUUUUCUCUUGGACUUAACAAACAUACUGUUCCCAUACAUACUGCAAAUAGUGUAAUAAAUAUUUUCUGUGAA